AAACUGACCUGGAGAACGUGCGAAAGGUCACAACACUGGUCCAUUAGAGCACUACUCGGAGAAGAGGAUAUCAACAACAUUUGUCAUCGUAUUUCUCACCUUUCAACCUCACAAAUAACAAAACAAUUGUUUAUCUUACACUACCAGAAUGAUAAAACGUCUCGAGAGUGUUGCUAGUUACUGGUUGUAAAUCAUCGCUUGUGGUGUCCUACAACAUAAACCUGGUGCGCGAGAAGGUCGUGUGCACAAUCUCCAUUUUUAUUGCUAAUUUAUGUCUUGACGCACAGACGUCAGGUACUCAAUUCUUGCAAAUCCAUAAUGUGACCAUAAAAAUUGUGCUGCUGUUUGGGUUGUAAAAGACAGGUAUAAUUAUCCGGAAUUAUCCGCUGGCAACAAAGAUAAUCGUAAAAUAUUAUUCUGCGGAGGUCUUCGCCUUUUUGGAAAUAGAUUUAGAUUUUCAAUUCGACGUGAAACAUGCGAAAAUUGUGGUUGUACGCGGCAACUCAUAUGAUUAGAAAGCAUUGGUUUGAUUUGGUGAGCUCAAAAAAUUCAAUUGAGGAUGCCAGCAGACCCGGGUCCUAUUUGCUCUUUUUAGGCACAUCUCUCGGUAGCCUUGUUGACCGCAUAUCAGAUUAGGCAUUGUCGGAAAAAGGAUGAGAAUACAUAAUGUCAACAAACGGGGCUACAUGACAAAGCAUACAAUGAUAAGUACACUAAACCAAAAAAUAAAGGCGGCUGAAAUAUGAUAGGGUGCUCUUAAACUCUUUCAACUCUUUUCCAAUUAAUAAAUUAUGUUUCAGGAGAAUGCAGUCACCAAUUGGGAAUGUCAAAUCGAAAGAUUCGUGAUGAGCAAAUCUCGGCGUCUUCGAGUUUCGACUUGCAAAGCACUGGACCUCAACAUGCUCGAGCUCAUCAAGAAUCUGGAAGUGGUGCCUGGUGUCCGAAGAAUCAAAUAAACUCUCUCAGCAAAGAAUGGUUGCAGAUUUCGUUUUCCGUGGAUACAGUAAUAACUUCUGUGGAGACCCAGGGACGAUUUGACGACGGACGUGGAAUGGAGUAUGCGACCGCAUUCAAAAUUCAGUACUGGCGACCUUCGCUAAACGCAUGGGCAUCUUAUAAAGACGAUUUUGAGCUAGAGACAAUUCCUGCUAAUAAUGACACGGAGCACGCAAUCCGGCGACAUCUUGACCGGGCAAUCAUAGCAAGAAGAAUCAGAAUUGUUCCAGUUUCAAAUUCCACCAGAACUGUUUGCAUGAGAGUUGAAGUUUUCGGAUGCCCAUUUGAUGAUAGUCUCGUGUUUUACAAUGUCGAUCAAGGCGAUUUGCAAUCUGGCAUCUCUUAUCACGACUUUUCCUACGAUGGUAAUCUCGCCAACUCUCCACACUUAACCGGCGGUAUUGGGAAGUUAUACGACGGCGAAGUGGGAAAAAACAAUGUAUUUGUUAAUCACCACAAAUGGGUUGGAUGGAGACGUAAAAGAAAUGGCAAUGUGAAGUUGGCAUUUGAGUUUUCCGAAUUGAGAAAUAUAUCAGGGAUUUUGAUUCAUACGUCGAACGAGUUCAAAAAGAGCGCAAAGGCAUUUUCCUCGGCUACUGUGCUAUUUUCGAUAAAUGGAAAAGACUUCUCAGACACCAUCGUACACUUCAAUAAUCCGGAAGAUACCGAAUCAGAGGUACCUCGAUGGAUAAGGAUUCCAGUGAACAAUCGGAUUGCCAAAGUUGCAAAGAUUCGUCUUAACUUUGGAACUGACUCCGACUGGCUGUUCAUUUCUGAAGUGAAUUUUGAAUCAAAUCACACAAAUAUUGAGCUUCUCAAUGAUGACGUGGUUAUUCCCGAUUCGGUUUCAUAUUUCUCCGUAACCGAGCACGAUGACGGAACUAGCAUGUUUGCUUUCAUUAUCUUCUUCUUCAUGUUCCUCAUCGUGGCAGUCAUUAUUCUGACAGUUCUCUACCGUAAACGCGAGUAUCGUGUGAAAGCAUCGUCUCCAUCUCCAAAUGCGAAACGGGAAAUUCUGUUGACAAUUGACGGAAACACCAUCAAGCAUCACGUUUCUCCGUCAACCUAUCAAAUGGCUCGCGAUAAUCUUCAGAAUGCGUUGAUUGAGAAAAUGCCCAUGUCACCGAUUAUAAGCGAUUACGCUGAACCGGACAUUAGUGUUUGCUCCGAUGUCACCGCCAACACUCCAUUGCUCUAUGGAAUUGAUGGUCCAUAUGAUACACAGAAGAGAAGCAACCCUUUGUCAUCUAUGGUAAAAUACUCCGAUUAUGGAGAGGUUUAUUGCACAACACUUCCGGAAAUUGCUCGAGACAAGUUGAUUUGCGUGAGCAGAAUUGGGCAAGGAGAGUUUGGUGAAGUCGAUUUGUGUCAGCUUGAAAACCGAAAAGUUGCGGUCAAAAAACUUCAUGGAAUCAGUCAAGCCGACGAGUUUUCUUUUCAUAGAGAAAUUCGAGUAUUAGGAAGUCUCAAACAUCCGAACGUAGUUGAAGUCGUCGGAGUAUGCACUAUACAAAAACCAAUACUCUGUAUCAUGGAAUAUAUGGAAAAUGGCGACUUGAAAUCCUACAUUUUGAAAAACCCUACUAUACAAACCUCCCAAUGCAUCUCAAUUUGCACACAGCUUGCCGCAGGACUUGCCUAUUUGGAAUCAUGUAAUUUUGUGCAUAGAGAUAUUGCUGCUCGAAAUUGCCUUGUUGACGGAGAAGGCAAUGUAAAAAUUGCCGAUUUCGGAAUGGCCCGAUCUCUUUAUUCUCAAGAAUAUUACAAAGUUGAGGGAAAGUUUGUGCUCCCGAUUCGCUGGAUGGCAUGGGAAGCUUUGCUACUCGGCAAAUUUUCCACUGCCAGUGAUGUUUGGGGAUUCGGAGUUACCAUGUGGGAGAUCUUCUCGCUGUGCUCCGAAAAACCAUACUCCGAUAUGACAGAUGAUGAUGUGGUGGAGAAUCUUCAGAGCAUGAGCUCUACUGGAUCAUUAAAGCAAGUUCUUUCCCGACCAAGGAUGUGUCCAUCAAAGUUGUACAACGAGCAAAUUCUUCCGUGCUGGAACUAUGAGAGCAGUCGCCGACCCAGUUUCGAGAACGUCCAUCUUCACCUCCAGUCAUUGGUGCACACUUCUCCUCAUAUUCAUUUUUAAAUAUUAUUCUGAGAAUAUAUAAGUUUGCAAUUUAUUUUUUCUUUCCUUUCUCCUACUUUCUGGUGAUCUAUUGUAACUUGAGAACACACAUCUCAGGAUCUUCUCUUACGGUUAAAUUUCCUCCUUCUUUCCCUUUAUCAUUGAAUGAAUAAUUCUCAAAUUGAGAAUGGUUUGGCCACAUAUCGG